CAGUACCACCGGCGUAUCGCACAACAGCCCUACGCACCAGCGUACCCAACACUCUUCCGUGCACGUCCAUAGCUGAAUGUCAGCUUGCCAGCACAAUAUGGCCCAUCUAUACCACGUCACGUCCACUAUACCGGACAGUCCGCAAAAAAAGCCGUCUAAUUGUGGCUCCGCCCUGGGUGAGAACGCAUUCUCAGUCUCGUCCAGCGGUUCGACCUCCAUGGACGCGGCGCUAGCUGUGACGGCUAGCAACCCAGGAGCGGAGCAAAAGAACAAGGUCAGCGUAGUCGUAGUGGGAGCGGGCAUUUCUGGACUGCGAGCCGCGUCUGUCCUCCAACGCCAUGGAGUCCAAGUCACCAUCCUGGAAGGCCGCGACCGCAUCGGCGGGCGAAUCCACACAACGAGGAACGACCACGGCAUCACACGCGACUUCGGAGCGGCGUGGCUUCACGAGACCUCCCAGAACAAACUUGUCAGACUCAUUUCCAAACUACAACUUGACUAUUAUUACGAUGACGGUAUGCCACUGUACUAUACCGAGCAAGGCCGUGCCGGCGCUCAGUUCAAGGCCAAGAAGGUAGCCGAUGAGUUUGCCGACCACUGCGCGUGGUUUUAUGAGACAUAUCCCAAUGCGCCAGACAAAUCUGUGAGCGACUUCGUCCAUGAAUUCGUGCUCCAGCACGAGCUCAUCUCCGACGAUGAGCGUUUGUGGGCCCCGCAGGCUGUCAAAGAGGUAGAGCUGUGGACUGGAACAUCCUGUGAGCUUGCCAGCUCCAAGCAUCUUUCAUACUUCAUCACCGAGCGCAACCUAUACAUGAAGGGCGGUUACGACCAUAUUGUCAAGUGGGUUGCUGACUCCCUGAAACCCGACACAAUUCGUCUCAACAGUAUUGUCGACCGUAUUGAAUGGUCCGACGAUGGCUCCACUGCUUGUGCACUGGAGUAUCACGACGGCAACGGCGGCUCCUCACGCAUCGAAGCAGACGCCGUCAUUUCGACCCUGCCGCUUGGCGUGCUUCGCAACGAACUCGUGGAGUUCAGUCCUUCUCUUCCGGAUGAUACCAAGCUUGCGUUGUCGAAGUACGGCUAUGCCGCGCUCGGAAAAGUCUUUUUCGAGUUCACCGAUGUCUUCUGGUCCAAAGAUCAUGACCAAUUCAUAUACUAUCCAUCGCCACCGGCUCUCGAUGAAGAGCUUUAUUCGACGUCUGCCAGCUCCAGCAGCAGUACCGAAGAGGACAACAUCCUCAAUUACGCCACUAUCACAAUCAAUAUCUGGAUCAUGACCACCGCCAACGAGUUGUGCGUGCAAAUUGCCGAGCCACUCACGCAACGCAUCGAGGCUAUGACAGACAAAGGAGCCAUCUACAAAUUCUUUGAGCCUCUUUUCAAGCUGCUUCGCACAGAGCCAUACAAGACUUUGCCACGCCUGAUCAAUGUAGAGACCACGCAUUGGACGCAGGACCCCUUCGCUGGCUUUGGGACUUACUCUGCCGAUAAGGUCGGUGACGAGCCUGGACUGCUCAUGGAUGCACUUGAGAAGCAUAAGGGUUCUCGACUGCAGUUCGCUGGCGAGCAUUGCACACUGGUCGCCAACGGCUGUGUUCACGGUGCUUUUGCCACCGGUGAGAAAGCCGCAAAGAACUUGCUGAACACGUUCGGCAUUGAAUACGAUGGCGGCGAUCUCGUCAGCUGA